UUAAUUAUUGUCCAUCACUGACAUACCUGUAUCUGUAUCUUGACAUUCAUCUUAUUCAAAGACUGUUUGAUGCACAUCCCAUUUACAUCAUGAGCAAAAGAGUCAAGAAUUUGUUAUUGAAGACUUUCAUUCAGGUACAUCAAAACCUCCGCAUCAUCGGCAUUUCGGUGACCGUGCGCAUGAUCCUGUGGCUAAAGAUUCUUCAGUUUCUCCAUUCAGACCCACAAUUAUGCCGUCCACUUCAGGUUCUCCUGGUCACAGGGUCAGUCAGUGGACGCUGGACAUGUCUGAAGACAGUAAGUCUUUCAGACUCGACGAGAUCCACGAUGGUGAGACUCGAGCUCCACCAGAGUCAGAAAGAAAACGAUUGAAAAAGGGAUCCUCAAACGAAGAAGCACGUCCACAUCACCAGCAUAUUGAGAUGACUCCUACAGUAGCCAGUGUUUCCCCGAGCCCAAGGCACGACAAGCAUCUCGAGUCGGUGUUGAUAAUGCCACCAAGUGCACCUCGAGCACCCAGGUACGAGAUGCUUGACGAUUAUCAGCCACCUGAUAAACAUAAAUUAUCGAAGAUUCCUAAACGAAAAAAGCACAAAAAACGAUCGUCGAGGAAUCGUAUAGGAGAACAAGGAGAUGGCGUUCAUACUCCCAGUGAACACAAAGAGAGCAAACAUGGAGUUGACGACUCAGAAGCGAGGAGGUUGAAGAAGAAGAAUUGGAAACCAGCUAGUGAAUCGCUUAACAGCACGGCUACUUACACGAUAGAAAAAGGAGUAGAUAAUCCGGUGUAUACGGCAGACAGUCGUAAGAAUUCUGGUGCUAAAGGGGCAGAUACGUAUUCACUUCACAGCACGAAAAUCAGCUUUUUGGAGAGCUUCAGAAUAGAGCUAAGCAGCUCGAAAAGAGAUAUGCGGACAAAGACAAUGCCAGAUGAAGGCAAGAUCGCAAACUUCAUUAGCAGUAACAUUUUUCAAAGAGAAUGCAACCGGUAUGCAAGUAAUGGUAAAUCAGGAAGUAAUGCCUGUCAGUGUGGUCGUGAGGGUCAGUGGCACUUGGAUAAAGGUUUAGAGUGCAAACGUGAUACGGAUCAUGAAUCCUGGCACAAAAACACAUACACUAAGACUAUGCCCUGUGAUUCAUUCGGGGCGAUCUACUUUAAAGGUUUCGGUCAUGACACUGACUCUCCUUAUGUGCGACUAGAUAGUGACACUGACGCUAAAAAUGUCUGGGAAAUACUGACCAAGCAUUGGCAUCUUCCGAUUCCAAAACUGCUCAUCUCCGUUACGGGUGGUGCCAAACGUUUUGAGAUGAACCCACGGCUAAAGAACAUCCUGAAACAGGGCUUGUGUCACGCAGCCACCAGCACUGGAGCUUGGAUAAUUACCGGUGGUACAGCGACAGGAAUUAUGCAGAUUGUUGGAGAAGUUAUCCAUGAAUACACCACGGCCAAUGACGUUCAAGACCAAAAGCUGGUGGCUCUUGGGAUAGCCACGUGGGGAAUCAUAUCCAACAAACAAGCAUUAGAUGGAAAAGGCCGUGUGAGUUUGUAA